AUGGACAAAGUAUGUAAGAUUAUAGAAAAUAUGAUAUAUGAAUUUAAUGAUCUGAAAAGGAAAGAAUUAUUUAGUGAUAAAGAAAUUAUUGCCAUUGCAAAUAAAAGAAGACAUCAUGAAUAUAGAAUUAAUAGUCCUACAUCAGUGUUAUUACAUUUUAUUUUGUAUUUAGAGUUUGAAAUGAAUUUAGAAAAUUUAAGAACAAAAAGGAAAAAUGAGAAAAAAGAAAAACUUAUUGAGGAAAUAUUACAAAAUAAAAAUUUAAUAAAAGAUCAUUAUAAGGAAUUUUCUAUAUUAAAAAAUAAAAUGGAAGAAGAAAAGAAUUUUGAUAAAUUUAAAGAAUUAAGAAAAUUAUUAAAUAAAAAUGAAAAUGAAUCUAAGAAAUUUAAAAAUAAUGUUUUAAAAGUUGAAAAGAAAUUACAAACUUUACUAGGAUAUAGUUUAUCUGAAUAUUCAUUAAUUAAAAGAAUAAUUAAUAUAUUUGAUGUAUGUUUAAGAAAAAAUUAUAAUAAUAUUUCUUUAUGGUUACAAUAUUUUAAUUUCUGUUUUAUAAAAAAAAAAUAUGAUGAACUUGAAAACGCUAUAUUAAAUAGUUUAAAAUAUCAUAUAAAAAAUGAACUCAUAUGGUUAAUUUAUUUAUUCUAUUUUUAUAAUAUAAAAAAAAAUAUUAUACAAACAAGAAUGUUAUAUCUAAGGGCAAUUCUAUUUAUUCCAGAUAGUAUCUAUUUAAAUGUGCUUUAUUUCCAUUUUGAAUUUGAUGUUUUUAUGAAAUUAAUAAAUAAUUAUAAAAAGAAAAUUGAAACAGAUAUACAUCAGAUUAAAACAAAUGAAACAAAUAAUAAUAAUCAUAUAAAUGGUACAAAGAAAAAAAAUAAAAACGAUGAACAAAAAAUACAAAAUAUUCAUGGCUAUUAUGAAAACGAAAAUAAUAAUAUCAAAGUAAAUGAACAAAAAAAUAAGAAGGAUAAUAAUAAUAUGAAUGAAACCAUAUGUAUUAAUAGUACGAAUGACACACUAGAUAUAAGAACAACAACAAACAUUAGUAAUAAUAAUAAUAAUAAUUAUUAUCAUAGUGGUGCUUCCAGAGGCAACAUCAAUCAUAAUAUAAAUAAUUCAAAUAAUAAUAAAUAUUUAAACGAUAGUAACAAUGUAAUACAUUUGAAAGAUUUACAAAUAGAUCAUGUGUAUGGAGAGUUUUUAAAAACCAAUAUGGAUAAUAUGAAUAUUAUUAAUAGUAAUCAUAUAUCAGAUUUUAAGGUUAAUGCAGAUGAUAAUAAUGGUGAAAAUUAUUUAACCUCAUUUGAUAACAAUAUUUACAGUGUUAUAAAAGAAGAAGAUAAAUAUGGACUUGAUGUUAUCAUAUUUUUAAUUAAAAAAUAUAUGAGUACUCUAGGUAGCGAUAAGAGCAAAUUACAUAUAUUCGUAUUUUUACUUUUAAAUACCCUUUUAAAAAUCGAAAAGAAUUCUUGGAUAAAAAUGUACACAAGACAAUAUGAUGAUUUUAAACAAGUAGUUUUAGAUUCAAUUAAUUCUUGUAAAUUCGAAGAACCUUUUCUUUAUUAUUAUUUUUUUAUAGAAACUUGUGUGAACUCUUGUUAUUUUGAUUUUUUUGAAGAUACAGAAUUUACUAUUUUAAAGGAUGAGUAUUAUAAAAGAUCGAUGGAAAAAUUAGAAAAUAAAAAUAUUUAUAAAAUUGAAAAAUAUUUUAAAUAUGAACAUGUUAAAAAUUUAUUAAAACAACUUUUCAAUAUGUUUGACAAUGAAUUGAUGAUUUAUUUCUUUUGUAUUAUAUUGACAAAUUUAUAUGAUAAUAUUAGUGUAUAUAAUAAUAUAUCAGAAAUAUUUACUAUUGAUAUAAAUGUAAAAAAUGACAUAUUAGAAAAGCAACAUGAAAAUAAAGAAAUAAACAAUACAUAUAAUACAAAUAAUACAAAUAAUAAUGAUAAUUUAGAAAAUAAUAUAUUAGAUAAUACAGAUACAAUAACAAAUAAUCCAACUGUAAAUAAUAUUAAUACCACGAAAAAUAUUUUACACUAUAUGAAAGAACCAAAUUUAACAUGUCAUGAAGAUUUAGAAAUUUUUCAUUUCUUAAAAGAUGAUAUAUUUCUAUGUAGUAAUUAUAAAUUUCAUAAACUCAAUAUGGAUUUUAUUAAAGAAAAUAAUAUAAAUACUUAUGAUCUUUUAUGUAAACUUAAUUUUAUAACUCAUGUAUGUUUGAUGGAAAAAAAUCAUUCUCAAAUAAGUUCAAAUAAUUAUUUGUUUAGUUAUGAUAAAACGAAUAAAAAUAAAGAUAUUCUUUCCUCUAUCUUAUAUUUCUUUUUAUUUAACCCCAAAAAUAUGGUUCAAAAGUUAAGUUAUCAGAAAGGAAAAAAUAAUGACAUAAAGGAAGAAAAAAUGUCUCCCAAUUUUAUUUUAAAGAAAAGGAAACAAACCAAAGAUUUUUUGUCUUCACCUUCUAUAAGUAAGAAGAUAAAAAGGGAAAAUCAAAAUAAGGCAAAGAAAAAAUUUGAGGUAAAUAUUUAUGAGAAUGAUAGUGAUAACAAAAGUGUGAGCGAUACAGAUGAAGCAACUGAUGACGAAAGUGAUGACGAAAGUGAUGAAAAAAAUGAUAAAAAUAUUCAAGAUAAUAAUGAUAAUAGCACCAAUACUAGUGAUGAAGAAGAAAAAACAAAUAUAUACCUAAAAAAAUCAAAGAAUACACAAUUAAUAAAAAAAAAAGAAAUACACGAAAAAGAAUUUUUUAUUAUAGAUAAAUUGCUUUUAAUACUUACUAAAAAAAUACAUGUUCUUGUAAAAAUACAUAUUAUCAAAUGUAUUUUAACUAUUGUCGUAUAUUUAGACAAUGAAAAUAUAAAAGCAUGUCUUAGUAUGACCAUUAAACAAGAAUAUAAAAAUAUAAUGAAAAUUAAUGUGAGUGGAAAAUAUUCUAAUGAACUAAAUGAAAUGAUAAAUAUAUAUAAAAAAGUGUACUUGGAAUAA